AUGGCAUCGGCGGAGGAGCAAGUCUUCCUUGGAUCGAGGAACCUGUCGUAUCACAGCGCCCACUACCCCGACGCUAGCGCCGAUUGGGAUUACCCGGAAGACCCAGGCGACCGGCGGAACGGGGUGGAGGUUGCCGAACUCCAUGACCAGCCGGCGCGCAUGAGCACCCCAGAUUCAGAUCCAUGUGAAGUCGCCAGGCGUGCCUUGGACCUCAUGUUCCCGCGGGAGGAGGACAGCGAUGACGUCUGGAGCACCUGGAGCGCGCGAGAGGAGGGCAGUGAUGACGAUGAUGAACAAGGAGGGGAAGAAGGCGAUGGUAGCACACAGGAGAGCAGCGAUUAUGAAGACGACGGCGGCAAUUGCCAAGUGAUACUAGCCGAGACAAACUGUCCAGGAAAGCUCUACCCCAAGAGCCAAGCAGAUGACAUAGAUGACAAAUGGGUACAUAGGUACUCCCAACAGCUUAAAGAACACGAGAAGCUGUGCAGGGAGAUUAUGGCUCUGCGAGAUGAUGAAGAUGAUGAUGAUGAGGAGGAGGAGGAGGAGAAGGAUGAUGAUGCUCCUUGCCCCGUCUAUCCCAUGAGAGUGUUCCCUGACGCAACAGGUGUCUGCGUCCUUGGGCUCAACUGCCACCAUCGUAUCUACAGGACCCAUGACACUUCCACCACCCCAUCAACUCUUGGAAAGCGCACACCAAGUUAUAUGCUACAAUUAUUCUGCAUGCGUCUAUCAAGCUUUGAACCCUUGUAUCCCAUUAGUGUGUAUGGAAUAUUUGCCAUUCGGGAUUACUUAGACCCGCGACGGAACUACGUCUUUAACCGUCCCAGGGAUGACGCUGUCAUGAUUGAAAAGAAGGGUUCCUUUGUCAUACCACUUUGUAGCCCUUGUCGAGGAAUGUAUUUGUUGGAUAAGGCUUUAGUAGAAGUUGAUCUUUGGGUAAAGAAAGAGGGGGAUGAAUCAGAUGACAAGCAACUACUUUCUGCAUAUGCUGAGAUUGAUGUACGGACUGAAGCUGAUCUCAUGCUUUAUGAACGGAUUUUUGGUGAUAAUUGCAAUUUGGACUUGAAAUAUAUAGUCCUUUCAGAAAGUGUUGAGGCUGUAAUACAAGUAUAUGCAAAGGUCAGCCAUCCUCACCAUGUGUUGUUCACUGCUUUUAGCACCGGAUAUGAUAACUAUCCUCUUCGUGGGGUUGUGCUGUUUGAUGACAAAUUAUUUGGCGAGAAAAAACUAUUCAAGCAUGUUGUCGCGGUGACAGCAAAUGAAGAACUGCAUAUUUUUCUAGAAGUGAACGGUUCAGUGUUCAAGUGGACUUUUCAAGAUGAACAUGUUGGAGCUGUUGUUUCUCCGGAUGACUCAAUCUUGGACUAUGGCCAUUUCUUCGUGAGGGUGUUGUUUGCUCCAAAGGAUUGUCGGUUAAGCUCAGCUCCAACAUUCUAA